UUUGUAUAUUUUAAUCCUGGGGAGUGAUGAGAGAUUAUGGAAUAAUUAUUCCAACUGAAAACGUGACUGUUGGAGUUCCUAUUAACAUCACACUGCGAUCUCAACCAAAUUCUUUAGCUACAUUGCAUAUUUAUGAUAGUCGCCUGGAUGCAUUAAUUAAACAAACUGUCUCUUCCACCUCAAAUAACCAUUUAUGGACUUUCUUUGAAUUUCUCAACCCGGAACCUGGAGAACAUUAUUUUGAAAAUUUUAUUUGGUUUUCUAAUGUUUUGGAAUUGUCUAAAUUAUUUGCAAAAAGAAAAGAAAUAUGCCAGAAUGCCGGAAAACUUGCUCCUCAAUGUCCGGGUACUGAGCAGAUAUCAAACGAGCAUAUACAACCAUCUAGUAAAACAAGGAUACCAAUUUCUGCUUCCAGAUUUUCUACUGAAUGUUUGCGUGAAAUACAGGGAGAAUGUGAACGUCAAAAAACAAUUCGAGAAUCGGCUAAUGGAUUUUUAACAGAAAAAGGCCAAAAUAAUCAACAACAAAAUGCCUGGCCGAUAAAAACCUCUGGAAAUGAUAAUCAUCUUAUGUGGAUGUUAAAUAAAAAGUCCUAUGUCCAAAAUGUUCAGGAAACAUCAAAUAAUGCAUUAAGAAAUGGCAACCAACAAACAUCAAAUAACGAUGAUGUUUUGUGGCGCUACUUCUUCCCUGAUGUUUGGAUGUUUAAUGAUUUUUAUAUUGGUCAAACAGGAGAAUUGGAAUUAAAUCUAAAAACACCACUUACAGUAACUGAAUGGUUAUUUAUUCCUAAAUUUUGGAUAGGUGGACGUAGAGAUGUUUGCCAUCUGGUUAAUACACAUGUUUUGUUUGUUCAGAAAGAUGUUUUUAUGAAUGUUGACGUACCUUCACAUAUUUAUGUUAAUGAAACUAUUUCAGUAAAGGUAACUAUUACGGCAGAAAAUCUAAAUAAAAAUGGAGAGGGCAAAAGAAUGGCAGUUUGUUUUAAAGGCCUUUCACCUUCUGUUUGUGGAGAUGUUGGGAGAGAUGGUGUUGCUGGAGAGAUAGAUUUUACUCGAAUAGAAUUAACAGAAGAAAAGCCAGUACAACAAAAACAAUUUUUUGUUCGUUUCCUCCGUCCAGGACUUCACAAUCUUACUUUUGAGUUGAGAAAUGAGGAGGUAUUGAAAGGCCAUGGUUGGCAUUGUCGUGAUGGAAAUAUACAUGUUUUUGACCGCAUAGUAAAGCAAAUAAGUGUAACCAAUCGUGUCGAUAUAGAAGAACAUUUUCGCCAAAUUGUUGUUUACCAGCGUCAAAGCUUACCCACAAGAACUGUUACACUCGAAGAAGUUUUGGGAGAGAAAUUGAGUACGCGUGCAACAACUGAUCAUUCUUCACAAAAUUAUUUAACUUUACGUUCAACACAAGAUGUUAUUAGUUAUAGUCAACAACAACCUUUAAAAGUGGAUGAAAGUCAACAAGAACAAGACGAUGAUACAACUAUUAUUGACACUGAACAAGUUAAGAAUCAUCUGAUUACUCAGAUUCAAAUAAACCCUGGAGGUCUCAGAAUUUUUAGCAUUGGAGUAGAAUUUUCAAAAUUUGUUGCCUCCUUUCCUCCAGCACUUUCUACUGAAUUGAUAGCUGCCUCUUCACCUCUUUCACUCGAUUCUGACCAAUUUCUACAGCGUGUGCGUAAUCGCUCACCAACAAAUUUAUUGUCACCUUCAAUUGCUGAAAAUUUACAAACACGUCGAAAACGUUCAAGAGGCAAAAAAGGAGGAAGAAUCCAAAAUAAAGAAUUGCCUAUAAGAAAAAUACUGCCUAAUAUGGCCUUAAUUAAAGGAGGAGAUUUGGAUAAUAGUAAAGAGAUUGAUAGACCUCUUCAAGGCUAUUCCCUGCCUAAUUUGCUCAAGGAAUUGGCUCAGGCGAGUUAUGAAUUUAAAUCUUUACGUGCUUUAAUAGCUGGAAUAGAAAAUAAUGGAGGUUCCAAAGAAAGUUUCUGGAAUAAUCCAAUAGAAAAAGAAUGGUUAGAACAACGGGAACUCAGAUUGGGCAAUUUAUUAUCAGAAUUGCUCACUUUUUCUGAUUGUCAAGGAAGGAAGUUAUGUGCUUUUGGUGAAUUUGGGAAGCCGAAUAAACCAGAAGAACGCAGUUUGAUAUGUGCUCCAAUUCAAUUUCUUGCUCAAUCCGUUCUAAAAAUAAUAAAUGGAGAAGAAGAAAAAGACGAACUUGUAGCAGGACUUGAUGCUUUUGCUCAUUUUAAUGACAAGAAGAGCAAAUGGCUAUUUCUACAUGCACUAAUAGUCCAAGUUGUUCUUGAUUGUUCAGCAUAUGCAUGUGCAGCACCAUUAAUGAAUGAUCAGUCUUCUUUGGCCAAGGAAGCAUGGAUGAAACUGCAUAGUUCUUUUUAUCGUUCUGUUGAUCUGAGUGUAGACUAUGAUGUGAAGGUAAUUGCUGCUCUUGCUUAUAUGUCUACACCGGCUAUAAGAAGUGAGAUGCGUGCAAAACUUGCCGGUAAAACUGCCAAUGAUAACCAUAUUCCAUAUUGGAGUGUAAAUGAGAGUGGUUUUUCAAAUAAAUCCGUCAAAAUGCAAAACUUAUUCGAAAGAAGUUUGCAAAAAAGUUCAAUUGUUCUUGUAAAUGCUUUAGCCUUACUAGCAUAUACACAAAACCAAAGUAUUUAUAAAUUUUGGAGGAAUGAAUUUAAUUUGGAGGCUUUGAGCAAUUGGCUAAUUGAGCAACAAGAUAAUAAUAGACAAUAUGAGAAUGCUUUGGACACUUUCUUUGCUACUCGUGCAUUACAUCAAUUUGCUGUUGUUAAUGCGCAAAGGCAAAUGCGUCAAGCUUUGACAGGAACACUUAAUGCAAAUUUCACUGUAUAUUCAACAUCAACAAAUAGUAGCAGAUUAUUUAAAGAUCAUGAUUUGCCUUUUGGAAUAUUUGUAGAACCCACAGUUCGUCAAAUGGAGCUUAAAUCUCGCGGGGAUUCACAACUCUUAUUAGGCGUUAAAGUUCAAAUAGAAAAGAGAAAACGUUCUCGACGUGAUCCAAGUGAUGGUGAACCAAUUGUUUUAAGUUUGGAACAAAAAAGAAUACAAGCUGGAUUCAUAAAUCAAACAGUAACAAUUCGUUGUAAUUCACAUUUACUCAAUUCAAUUCAAAUCGAACAUGGAAUAUUUACUGGAUUCAAUACUUAUCCACAUUUUGUCAAUAUUCUGAGAGGCUCAGCAAAGUUCCAAGUAGAACCUCGCAUUAGUGCUACAGCUGUCUAUUUUGUUCUGACUAAUUUAAUUAAAGAAGUUAAUGUUGUUUAUACAAUUGCAUUAAUAGAACCAAAUGGAGGCUAUUUACCUGAGAAUUUGGCACCUAUCUCUAUUAGUGCACUGCAUCAUCAUUUAUCACUUGCUCAACUUAUUGUUUUGCCCCAAGAUUUUGACUUUCUUGAAGAUUUAACAACGUCAUCUAGGAGACGACGUUCAGUAUUAACUAAUUCUGAUGGAGAUGUUCUUCCUCCAGCAAUAUUUCCAGUUGCUACUUCUUUUCUGAGUCCAUUGGCAACACCCGAAAAGGAUAAUGAGGAAAUUAAUAUUUUAAGUGUAAAUUUGAUUUGUAAUACAUAUUUUACAUGUUUAACAUAA